AUGAUUGAGCUGGGCCUCGCUGAUGGCAGCCUGAUUGACGAGCUGAUGGAGCUGACAGCACAGAGCCUCGGUCACCUGGAGAUCCAGGAACACUUCAACGUCAUCAAAGAGAUCGGCCGAGGCAAAUACGGCAAAGUGCUCCUGGUUACACAUCGCUUCAGGGGGACUCCCAUGGCAUUGAAAGUGAUGCCCAAAACUUCAACUAAGCUGCAGGGCUUUCUGCGAGAGUACUGCAUCUCCUUACACCUGUCCUGCCACCCCUGCAUCGUGGGUCUCUUUGGCAUUGCUUUCCAGUCUAAUGAGCAUUACUGCUUCGCCCAGGAGUUGAUCAUUGGAAGGGACCUUUUUGCUGUCAUUCAGCCAAAGGUGGGUAUCCCAGAAUCCUCAGUAAAACGUUGUGUCCUCCAGGUCGCCAGUGCUUUGGAGUUCAUCCACAGUCAUGGCUUGGUCCACCGUGAUGUGAAGCCUGAAAAUAUCCUUCUGCUGGACAGUCACUGCUCCCAGGUCAAGCUGGCAGACUUUGGCCUUGCCCAGAAAAGAGGCACCAUGAUACGUUUCAUUACAGGAACCCUUCCCUAUAUGGCCCCCGAACUUUGUUCUGUAGCUCUACUGGAGGGCCAGAAAGAGGUGACCGCUCCUCCUCUGAGUGUGGAGCCAAGCCUGGACACCUGGGCUUUUGGUGUGGUUAUCUUCUGCAUCCUCACAGGCUACUUCCCCUGGGAGCACUGCAUGGACUCGGACGACUUCUACCAGGAGUUUGCAGACUGGUGCAGAAUGGAAGAACGAUCCAAUGCUGAGGAGGACAUCCCUCCUUUGUGGAAAAGGUUCACUCCAGAAGCCAUGGAGAUGUUUGGUAAGCUCCUGGCUCUGGAUGCAGGAAAAAGGUGUUCAGUGGGAGAUGUGAGAGAGUAUGUUGACAAGAACUGGCUGAAGAAGGUUCAGGGAAAUGAUCAGCAGUAA